CCCCUCCCCACUUUGUCUCGCCCUCCCCGCCCUGAGAUCCUUCCAGAAGUCGCCGGCAGACCCGUGCGACCAAGUGCCAGCAACACUCCACUUUUUUCACCGAUAAAAGUCUGAAUUUCAGCCGUAGACACUUCUGAAGUGUCGCUGUUUUUCAGCCAAUAUGUCCGCUAUGGGGCAGCUCGCGUUCGAUGAAUAUGGACGGCCGUUCAUCAUCAUCAAAGAUCAGGACAAGAAGACUCGCUUAUCGGGCCUUGAUGCACUGAAGUCUCACAUCAUGGCAGCAAAGGCGGUUGCCUCGACGCUGAGGACGUCACUAGGACCAAACGGCCUGGACAAGAUGAUGGUUGACAGGGAUGGGGAGGUGACUGUCACCAACGACGGAGCCACCAUCCUCAGCAUGAUGGAUGUGGACCACCAGAUCGCCAAGCUCAUGGUGGAGCUCUCCAAGUCUCAGGACGACGAGAUCGGCGACGGGACCACCGGAGUUGUUGUGCUGGCUGGUGCUCUCCUGGAGGAGGCAGAACAGCUGCUGGACAGGGGCAUCCACCCCAUCCGUAUCUCUGACGGUUACGACCAGGCCGCCAAGAUCGCCAUCGCGCAGCUGGACAAGAUCAGCGAGACUUUUCCUUACGACCCCAGCAACACAGAGCCACUCAUCCAGACCGCCAUGACCACACUAGGUUCCAAAGUGAUCAACCGCUGCCACAGACAGAUGGCGGAGAUCGCGGUGAACGCCGUCCUGACUGUGGCGGACAUGAACCGUAAGGACGUGGACUUUGAGCUGAUCAAGAUGGAGGGCAAGGUGGGAGGCAAGCUGGAGGACACCCAGCUCAUCAAGGGAGUCAUCAUAGACAAGGAGUUCAGCCACCCUCAGAUGCCCAAGCUCCUGAAAGACACAAAGAUGGCCAUCCUGACCUGCCCGUUUGAGCCCCCUAAGCCCAAGACCAAGCACAAGCUGGACGUGACCUGUGUGGAGGAAUACAAGGCCCUGCAGAAGUAUGAGAAGGACAAGUUCCUGGAGAUGAUCAAACAGAUCAAGGAUACUGGCGCUAACCUGGCCAUCUGCCAGUGGGGCUUCGAUGACGAGGCCAACCACCUGCUGCUGCAGAAUGAGCUGCCUGCCAUCCGCUGGGUCGGAGGGCCUGAGAUCGAGCUGAUUGCCAUAGCGACAGGAGGCCGCAUCGUGCCACGGUUCUCUGAGCUGACUGCUGAGAAGCUGGGUUCAGCCGGCGUAGUCAAGGAGAUCUGCUUCGGCACGACCAAGGACCGCAUGCUGGUCAUCGAGGAGUGCAAGAACUCCAGGGCAGUCACCAUUUUCAUCCGCGGAGGAAACAAGAUGAUCAUUGAGGAGGCUAAGCGCGCGCUGCAUGACGCGCUGUGUGUCAUCCGUAACCUGGUCAGGGACAACCGCAUCGUGUACGGGGGCGGAGCCUCUGAGAUCGCCUGUGCCCUCGCCGUCAACCAGGCCGCUGACAAGUGCCCAUCUCUGGAGCAGUAUGCCAUGCGUUCGUUUGCUGAUGCCCUGGAGGUGAUCCCCAUGGCCCUGGCAGAGAACAGCGGGCUCAACUCCAUCCAGACCAUGACUGAGGUCCGUGCCAGGCAGGUCACAGAGUCCAACCCAGCCCUGGGCAUCGACUGUCUGCACCUUAACACCAACGACAUGAAGCAGCAGCAUGUUAUUGAGACUCUUCAUGGGAAGAAGCAGCAGAUCUCUCUGGCCACACAGGUAGUCAAAAUGAUCCUGAAGAUAGACGACAUCAGAAGUCCUGGAGAGGCAGAAGACUAGGGACCUCCCACUGAGCGCAUGCUCGGCCUGGUCUUCUAGAACUGUGUUCUUCUAAUCUAGAAUGUUCCGGAACAGAGGCAUUCUAGAAUGGCUGUGUUUUAAGAAUGUUCUAGAACUCAAAUACAGAGUUCUAGACUGUUCCUGUGAUCUAGAGAAGCCUUUAGGCACUUGUCGAGCACUGUGUCCAACCCUGCGUACUGUUAUUUAUCAUUUGAUACUGAACCCCCCCCCGCACACACACACACAAGCUCUUGUAAUGCUGAAGUCAUCAAUAAAAUGUUUGUCUGUGCAAUUUC